UUGACAGCUCAACACUUUAAACAUUUUGAAGACCUUGUUUUUCUCCUGUGAGGUCACAGUCAUGGUGGCGUAAUAGCAGUAUUUUAAAACGUUUUUACCCCUUAAGGGAUCAGGACUUCGAUUUUUGAUCGAUUGAGAGUUAUAUAUAUUUUAACACAGGAGUAAGUUAUCAAGAACUGGAAGGCGGGCGCCGUUUGACAUGUGGACAGUGUAUCUUGAUAGAUUUGAUGGACUUUAUGACAUUUCUUGUGUUUGUAAAUAAAAAAUCUAUUGAUACAAUUAUUAAUGACUAUUGUUUUUUUGGAAAAGUGAUACUUGCUUAAUGCAUUAUCGGACACUCAAGGCAUGUAUCAUGCAUUGUACACCAAUGUCUUAAACAUGUAACGGCGUUUCCGACAGUCGCACGCUAUUUUUACACAAAAUUUAAUUUAUUUGGAGACAUGACUUUGUGAACUUUUGAUCUUUUUGAUGUGGAUUUUGAUGUUAUCUUUCGCUUGGAAACUGUUCCAUAUAUCAUAAUACGGAUCCUAUACGCAAAAGGCGGACUUCAACUAGUCAUUUUGGGCAUUAAUUUAAAGGAGUUUUAGUGCUAACGAUGGGCUCGAGCAAGCAACACGUGGAUAUUGAAGGGGAUUAUGUGGUUCUGUGUGAGGAUGGCUUACAGUUUAGCACGUGCUCCGAAUCAGAGAAACCACCGGCCAAAACAAAGAGCAGACGACGGAUGGCGUCAGGUAGUUCAGUAGCCGAAAUUGAGAUCCCUAUCUGGGUGAAAGGAACACAGAAGUGGGUCACGGGCCUCACGAAACGUACUACGUGCGAUGACGUUAUUUACGCUCUUAUGUACCAAGAAGGUCUACAUGAACAUGUCAAUACGUCGGCGUACGCCAUAUUUGAAAAAUGGCGGGAAGUGGAACGUCCGUUGCAAGGACGAACUAAAAUUGUGAAAGUGUGGAGAACAUGGGGAGCUGAACAAAGUAAUGUACAUUUGGCUAUGCGUAGAAUAGACGAGCUGGAAUAUAGCGGUGAGUUUUCUUUAACUCGCCGGAAAAAGAGAUCUCGCCAUAAAAUACGUGAUCGGGAACGUGAACGAGAUUGUGAACGCGAACGAGAAAGACGUCCGCGUGAGCAUCGUCGUCAUCACCAUUAUUGCCAAAAUGCGUCCGAAAGACUCAGAUCAAUGGAGACGCUUGUUAAACUAGUCAUUUCGCAAGAACGCAAGUUGAAAGAUAUGAUUGAACAUGGGGACGAUACUGACAAAUUAAUUGAUAAGUAUGAGUCAAGAUUACAUUCGAAAAGAUUAAAACAAAACGGAGAUGAGUAUGUUAAGGAUGCUUAUUUGGACAGUCAGUGUCAAGAUAAUAUGGACGAAUUCUUUUCCAAUGCUAAUGUAGAUGAAUUAGAAACGUAUGUGAACUAUUGUGAUAAAAUUCUCGAAAUGGAAGAUAAGAUAAAGAAUGAGCACUCCAAAAUUGAGGAUUUAGCUUAUCAGAUACAGACUUAUGCAAAUGAAAAUAUGUCCGGGUCUGAAAAACGAACCGAACCGGAAGAUAUAACAAAAGUUCAAGUGGAUUUAAAUCGUGCUGUUUCUUGUGCAAUUAUGCAGCAAUACAAAUUUCAAGAUUUGCAAAGAGAACUGCAUUUCUAUGAAGAAAAGCUUACAGACAGAGAAGAGUUAUAUAAUCGUCUUCAGGCGGAACUUUCUGAACUAGAAAAUAGUCAUUUAAAGUCAAAUGAAUCAUUAGACAGUUCUGCAAGUGUACAUAGUGCAGACAGCGCGGGGUCGAACGGUUCUCGGACCGGUAACCCUUUACCACUGCCUGAGAGAACAAACCGAGCCCAUAUCCAAGCUAAUAAUACACCACCCCCACCCAUUCCAGAAAGAAUCAGGCAGAAACCGGAACAAGUUAAAGAAGUGCAUAGUCAUCCGCCUCACAUAACAAAUCAUAACCAAUCAAAAGACAGUUCUCAAAGAGAUAGCCAAUCAAAAGAACAUAUUCCAGAAAGGAAACCGAUUUUAAAAACGAGUGUUUCAGAUCAAAGAAAUGGUUAUAAUGUACCGUACAAACAGACUAAUAGUGGUGAAACAAAAGUAAGAUUUAAAACGGAUAGUGUAAUUGACAAGUAUAACUGGGAGGAGUCUAGUCUUUCAGAAGGAAUCAGUAUUGACCAAUCAGAUUGCUCGGAUUCUAAAGACCUUUUUGACUACGUAACACGGAGUUCGGAUUAUUCUCAGUUUAAGACAGGUGUGGCCGAUAGGCCUUACUUGACUGUAAAAGUUGAAGACAAUGACUCUAACUCUGAUACUGGACUAAGUUCGAUGCACAGUGACGAUUCGGCUGUUUAUCAUUUAGAAACCUUAGUCUGACAAACCUUACAUUCAUUAGCAUCUUUUUCGUGAGAUAUCAUAUGAUUUCUUUGUUGAAUAAACAACUUAUGGAUCUAAAGCAUUGAUAUUUUCAUUUUUUUUUUAAAUCUACACCAAAAUAUUUCAAUACGGGCGUGUCAUGAUAUAUAGCAUUAUUAAUGGAAAAAGAAAGUAGUUUAUUUUCUUGCACGGCAACGACAAUUGAGUGUUUUAGAUUUGAACAGAUGGCAAAGAUAUAAGGAAAUAAAAUAAAUAUGAAUAGGAUAUCAUUUAGACAGUCUUAUAUCAAAAUGCGUUUAAUUAGAAAUAAAUAUAUCAGAAAAUAGACAGUUUUACGCCGCUACGGGCCGGAAAUGCAUAUAUGAUAUUUUGCUUGAAACGCUAGAAUAUUAUUUUUUGCAGAACAAUUAUCAUGGAUGAAAUUAACAGAUUAUUUAAGGAAUAAUUAUCAUUGUGGUUUGUACAUUUUCUAAUUUAUAAAUUGUAUGUCGUGUAAUGUCAGUAAUGGCAGACACGUGAAAAAUAAAAGAAAUACAUGUA